UUCACGGACGGCUGUUGUUUAGGAAAUCUCCAAUCCCGUCAACUCUGCGAGAGAGAGAGAGGCUCUACUCUCAACAACUUCGAAGCAAAUCUCUCCUUUCACAUAGAAUCCUUCAAAUUUGGAAGAAUCAACGCAGAACAGUGGCUGAGAAGAGCCUUCGAGGCCGUGAAGCUUCUCUAAUCUUGACCUCGGUAUCGUCUAUACUAUCUGCUUGCAGUUUCCCCCUUUUUGUUUAUCUGGAUUUUUUGCUCGACCUUUUCGUGGAUUCUAGGAGAAGAUAGGAAUUUUGAAUUGUUCGGAAUGCAGGGGUUUCGGUCGAGCAAGUUAAGACCUGGGUCCUCUGAAAUGCAACAAAAAAGCUCUUCAUCCUCUUCCAAUCCGAAGAGGAGCUCUUCGCCAAAAAUAACAAGAGGUUCUUCUGCGUCAUCCGGUUCCAUUGAUUCUAGGGUUUCCAGGGUCUCCGAUCGUAAGCCCUCUCCUAUGUCAAAAUCUUUCCAAGAGAAGCAAAGUCCCAUGCGAGUUUCUGAGAUGCAGCAGCAACUUGGCAAGGUCUUGGAGGAUAUGAAGAGGCUAAAGGAAGAGAGAUCCCAAGCACUUGAAGAGCUUGCAGAACUGAAGAAAAGGAAUGAAGGAUUCACACAGAGCAAUGAGAGGAUCAUGAUGUUAGAAGAGGAAGUUGAGAAGGCCAGGGAAUCAGAAACGAAAUUGCUGGAAUCAUUGAUUUCUCAGACCAAGCAACUCGAGGAAACAAAGAUUUUACUCGAAGAGGCCAAACUAGAGAUCAGGAACCUCAGGGAGAGCCCAGCAGCUUCAGAGAAGAAAGGAUUAUUAGCAUCUGUUCAGACUAUUCAGGCCCAAGAGGAGAUCAGAAAGCUUAGAAAUGAGCUUAGGCUAGCAGUGCAGGCAGAAGAGAAGAGCAAGAAAGCAAUGGAUGAUUUUGCAAUUGCACUCAAGGAAGUGACUACUGAGGCUACUCAUAUGAAAGAAGAACAUGAAGUGAUAAAUUCCGAAUUGGAAAUGGUAAGGGCGGAUGCAGAAAAUGCCAAGUAUUUGUUGCAAAACGCCGAGCAGAAGCUACAAGUGGCUUUGGAGGGAUAUGCUAAGCUUAAGCAAGAAUUUGAAGAAUCUACUAAUGCAUGGAAAGUAAAAGAGGAUAGCUUUAUAAACUGUGUCAAGAUUUCUGAAGAUGAUAUGAACAAGAAGGAUGAAGAGAAUAGUAGGUUGGUUGAUUCCCAUAAGGUGGCCAAGGAAGAAAAUUCUAAACUGCGGGAUAUCAUUAAACAAGCAGUGAAUGAAGCUAUGGUAGUAAAGGAAUCUCUGGCAAUUGCACGGAAUGAAAACAAUGAGCUUAAAGAACAACUCUAUGAGAAAGAAAGUGCCUUACAGAAACUCAGGCAAGAAUUUGAAAACCUCAAAGUCAGUGAAACUGCUGCUCUUGAUAGCGUGAGGGAGAUGAAGAGCUUGCUUGCCUCUUCUUCUGGUACAGAUUUAAAUAAGCCCUCAGAUUUGUUAGAAAUCGAACCGUUAGGACAGUCAAAAGCAACAAGUGAUGAUAGAAAGAUAAGCAAGAAUAUGAUGAAAUUCUCAUCUGAUCGAUGGGAUAACCCUCGGAUGCAGAAUGGCCACAGGCAUUCUGUUGGAGAGUCAGAUAUUUCAAAAGACUUGGCUUUCAAUAAGAGAGCAGCAUUUGAAAACCAUGAAAAGCGAUUAAGCUCUGAUGCUUUUAAUCAUUUAGAUGGGAUAUUAUUGCAUGGAUUGGAUAAUGAUAAGCAGAAGAAAAAGAAGACAGUCUUUGGAAGAUUUGGAGAUGCAUUGAGGAGAAGGAGCUUUCGCAAAACUUAGUCUUGAAUGUUAGGUGCAUAAAAAUUUUAUUGUGAUUGUUAUUUAGCUUACUAUAAAAUUGCAGACCUUUUGUUUACUUUUUAUUUUUAAAGUUGAUAAAGAUAUAACUUGUAAUUUA